GGCCAGGGCGGGAAGUGCCAGACGAGCCCACUGCGCGGCCUCCUUGGGGGAGGACAGUGUUCUCAACGAUUCCCCCUCCCUCCUAAGCUAAGGAGCUGCAGCACCAAGAUGAGCGAAAAGGAGAAUCCAGCCAGCAAGCCCACUCCGGUGCAAGACCAGCAGGGCGACGGGCGAUGGAUGUCUCUGCACCAUCGAUUCGUGGCCGACAGCAAAGACAAGGAACCCGAAGUCGUCUUCAUUGGGGACUCCUUGGUCCAACUAAUGCACCAGUGCGAGAUCUGGCGAGAGCUCUUUUCUCCUUUGCACGCGCUUAACUUUGGCAUUGGUGGUGACAGUACACAGCAUGUACUGUGGCGGCUAGAGAAUGGGGAGCUAGAACACAUCCGGCCCAAGAUUGUGGUGGUCUGGGUGGGCACCAACAACCAUGACCACACACCAGAGCAGGUGACUGGUGGCAUCAAGGCCAUUGUACAACUGGUGAACCAGCGGCAGCCCCAGGCUCGGGUCGUGGUGCUGGGCCUGCUUCCAAGGGGUCAGCACCCAAACCCACUUCGGGAGAAGAACCGAAAGGUAAACGAGCUGGUACGGGCAGCAUUGGCAGGCCACCCACGGGCCCACUUCCUGGAUGCUGACCCUGGCUUUGUGCACUCUGAUGGUACCAUAAGCCAUCAUGACAUGUAUGAUUAUCUUCACCUGAGCCGCCUGGGAUACACACCUGUCUGCCGGGCCCUGCACUCACUGCUUCUGAGUCUGCUUGCCCAAGACCAGGGCCAGAAUGCCCCUCUGCCAGAGUCCACAUCCUAACCUUCCCACAUUAAAUUCUCCUUCCCCAGU